AAACAUAGUUUUAGUGACAUUCUACCACGAGGCGUGUAGUGGGGUUUUCCCAAUAAUUAGUUCACUUAUUUGAAAAAUGAACGGCUAACAGUUUUGAGUUUCCAAUUCGGACCUGUAGCUAAUGACUGAUUUGAAAUCGAUGGCUGCGACACAGUCAGGUGAACCAGAAAAGUCAAUCCUAAAAUGGUAAUCGCAAUUGCCAAGUGGCUUCAGGGGAAUGCACAUGCACACGCAGAUGAAGAAGUUGAGUUAAUGCUAAGCUUCAUUUUCUUACACGGUAACUGCAUAAAUAAAAACCCAUCAACUUUCUGACAUCAUCUUACCCCCAUAAAUGCAGCAUUAAUACAUAGAUACAUGAUGGUAACUCCCCUUUUUCUCUCUUUAAAUACGUCGAGAAGCAGUACUCAAGACAAUAGCAAACCACCCAAAAUUGUCAUGGAGACAAAGCCUAUACUAUUUUCUCCUCUACCCCUCUUUUGUUAUUUUCUCAUUCUUGCUCUCUUCAGUCUUGCUGCUGCUGCUUCUGCUAGCCUAUCUUUUAACUUUUAUGCAGCUUCAUGCCCGUUUGUUGAAUUGAUGGUUGCAAACACAGUGAGAUCAGCAUCUUCUUCUGAUCCAACUAUUCCAGGGAAGCUCCUCCGCUUGGUGUUCCAUGACUGCUUUGUGGAGGGUUGUGACGCGUCAGUGCUGCUAAAAGGAAAUGGGACGGAGCAAAGUGAUCUAGCAAACAAGUCUCUUGGAGGAUUUGCUGUUAUUGAUUCCGCUAAAAGACUACUUGAACUAAUCUGUCCAGGGACUGUUUCUUGCGCUGAUAUUUUGGCUUUUGCUGCAAGAGAUGCUGUUGCAAUUACUGGAGGACCUAUGAUCCAGAUUCCAGCAGGAAGGAGAGAUGGGAGGGCAUCAGCAGCUGCAAAUGUGAGACCAAACAUUGUAGAUACAAGUUUUACUAUGGAUGAAAUGAUCAAAAUCUUCUCCUCUAAAGGGUUAUCCCUGGAUGACCUUGUUACCUUAUCAGGUGCUCACACUAUAGGAGCAGCUCAUUGCAGUGCAUUCAGCGGUCGGUUCCAGGAAGACUCCCAUGGGAAGCUCAAACUCAUUGACCCAUCUCUAGACACUAGUUAUGCAAAUGAGCUAAUGAGAAUGUGUCCAGCAGGAGCAAGCGCAUCAAUAACAGUCAACAAUGAUCCUGAAACGUCCUCUGCGUUUGAUAAUCAAUAUUACCGAAAUCUCUUAGCCCGCAAAGGGCUUUUCCAAUCAGAUUCUAUUCUUUUAGACGAUGAAAGAACAAGGAAACAAGUAGAGGGUUUCGCUAAUGAUGAAGGCAGGUUUUUUGAGAGCUGGAGCCGGUCAUUUUUGAAGCUAACUAGCAUUGGAGUUAAGACAGGGGAAGAAGGUGAAAUUCGACGAUCAUGUUCAGAGAUUAAUGGGUGAAGUUUAGAAAGAAAGAAGGAAAUUUAAUUCCACUUAUUGCCUCGUUUAACUUUGAACAAAUCAUGUACAUGCAAAAGAUUUAUAGUAGUCUUUUUCCCUGUUUCGACUCUUUUUCUGCAGAGGGAUGGAAGAUUAUAAAAGGAGUUAAAAGAA